AUGCAGGACUCCAGCGGCAAGACGCAUAAAUACGGAGUCAAACAGAUCACGGGCGAUGGACGCAGCAUGGAGAACGUCAGCUGGACGAUCAGAAAGGGCGAGUACGACGAGGUGGAGCGCUUCCUCCUGGUCGGAUCGAUCCAGUGCCCCCUGCACUACGCCGCCUGCUUUGGCCAGCUGAAGCCGCUGAAGUUCUUUGCGCGGAUCGGUGCCGAGCUGGAAGGAAUCACACCGCUCCUGGCGGCCAUCUGGGAGGGGCACACGUUCCUGCUCCAGAUGGGCGCCAGUCGCAUUCGACGGCUGCUGGCAUCUACUGUGGAUUAA